AUGCUUCGUGGUGAACAGAAGAAUCUUUUCGAGCUAAUUAAAUCAAUCGCUUCUUCUCAAGGUUUAAAAGGGUUUUGGAAGGGAAACUUCGUUAACAUUCUUCGCACAGCUCCAUUUAAAGCCCUGAAUUUUUGUGCAUACGAUUCCUAUAGAAAGCAACUUCUCCGGUUAACCGGAAAUCAAGAAACAACAAAUUUUGAACAACUCUUCGCCGGUGCUGGCGCCGGCAUGACUGCUAGCAUUCUUUGCUUACCACUCGGCAUUAUUCGAACAAAGUUAGUGGCACCUAGAGGUGAAUCAUUGGGAGGUGUGAUAGGAGCUUUUCGCCAUAUCAUUCAAACAGAAGGAUUCUUUUCUCUUUAUAAAGGAUUGGUUCCUUCAACUUCUCUCGCGACCUCCGAUCCAGAAACCGUGUUCGACAUCAAAUACUUCUCUCGCGAUCAGCGCUGUAACCGCCCGCCCAUCCGCCGCACCAUGCUUAACAAAGAUGACAUCGUUAAAGCGAUGAAGGAGAAGUCGUUUGAUGUUGCUGAUUUCACUAUGGUUUAUUUGACAACUGCAGUUGAAGAAGACUACAAUGCCUGUGGCGGAGGUUAUUACAAGUAA